AUGCACGGGGGACCGGAUCCCUUGGGGGCGCCCUCAAGCUUCACAGCCAGACGACCAAACGCGUCGAAUCUACCAAACUUCGAACUUCCCCCUCCUCCACUUUCACAAUUCAACAAGAUCAACCCGUACGGCUCCAUAACAUCUUCUCAGGCUACCCCAGCCAUCGGAACGACAGCCAGCGUCGGUAAUCUCCUGACACCGCCAAGUAACGUACCUGGAGACGGUCUCAGCCCAGUCUCAACUGGCGUUACGAGCAAUAGCUCAGGAGGCUCGGCACAAGCUAUCGGGCCAUAUACUCACCACUAUUGGCCGUCACCGCAGUCGCAAGGACAUCAGUCGUAUGGUGGAUUCCAAUCAGGUCAUCAGCAAUCGCAACAACAUCAGCAGCCACAGCAACAUCAAUAUCAACAACAAUCACGAGGUUUGUGUACCCCAAACCCCGAACCGACUCUGCAUAGGAAUAUGUACUUACAGUCUCCUAAAGGGCUUCCUCCACCACCUAACGAUCUCAGCCUCCCAUCUUUCACAUCGUCCGGAUCCAUGUCUGCGCCUGCGCCUCUGUCCUCGAUGCCUGCCCAGCACUACCCGAUGUCGAACAUGAUGGGCUCACAAGGACCAGUGAGCACGUCAGCACCACAACAAUCACCAGUCCACGCCCAGCAAGAAUUCCACCAACAAAACCGCCAACCACAAACGCCAACAUACUACCACCAACAGCAGAACACCGCGCCGCAGCAGUCACCAUAUCCCUACUCCAGCGGUCCUUCUCCAACACAGCAGUCUCCACUGAGCGCCGGUGGUCAGAUGCAUCGCAUGUCGCCUGCCAACAGUGGAGCUCCAGUACCAACUCUUCAAGCACCAUCACAUCACUCGCCACACCAAUACCAGCAGCCAUUCCGCGGAUACCCUCUUCCAGGUCCUGUGCUGUCGAAUGUGCAAAAUCCCGGUGGUCAGCUAUCGCUAGUGGGCGCGAUGCAACACGGCAUGAUGGGCGGCUUCAACAGUGGACACGCCGCCAGCAUGAGCCAUAUGUACGCCUCGCAACAUCAGCAGCAGCAGCAUCAGCCGACAAACGACCGGCCGUUCAAGUGCGAUCAAUGCCCACAGAGUUUCAACCGGAAUCACGAUCUGAAGCGCCAUAAGCGGAUCCAUCUGGCCGUUAAGCCGUUCCCUUGUGGACACUGUGAUAAGAGCUUCUCUCGCAAGGAUGCGUUGAAGCGACAUAUCCUCGUUAAGGGAUGCGGCAAAGCCUCUGCCGAGGGCGCAAAAGACGACGAAGCCAACCACUCGCCUAAGGCCCUGUCCACGGGCGCUGACAGUCACGACGGCAAGCGCUAA